AUCCUUUAAUAAAUAUACCGGCGUUAAGAAACCUCUGGCUCUCUCCUUCCAGUGACUAAUCGAAUAUUCGAUAAUUCCAUUUUGCAAUCAGCCGCAAAUUGCAGGCUAGUUGGACAAUUUAAAGUAAUUACCAGAAACUAGAGUCAGAAGCUCCGUGCGCUAGCUUCAAGUUUUGUCGUAAGCCAAUCCAAAAAAAAGAAAUCAACUAAAAAUGUUCGUGUCGACAGUCUCUCGCAUUGCCCCCGUUGCCAGGAGCGCCAUCCUCGCCAACUCCAAGCAAUACUUGCGACCAUUGAGCAGCGCCGUCAUCAGCCAGAGCCAGACUUUGGCCGCUCAGAACACAACCCCAGUUGCAUUACUGCCACAAAUCAGGUCAUUCCAGACCUCUCCAGUCACGCGCGAUAUUGAUUCGGCUGCCAAAUUCAUUGGUGCUGGUGCUGCAACAGUCGGUGUCGCUGGUUCCGGUGCUGGUAUCGGAACAGUAUUCGGUUCCCUCAUCAUCGGUUAUGCCAGAAACCCAUCGUUGAAACAGCAGCUGUUCUCAUACGCUAUUCUGGGAUUCGCCCUGUCUGAGGCUAUGGGUCUGUUCUGUCUUAUGAUGGCCUUCCUGUUGCUGUUCGCUUUCUAAGCGUUUGCGUACAACGCGCCACUCGUCGUCCUGUAAUGGGAUACAAUGAGAUAAUAGAGAAAAAACCAACCAACCAAUUAACAACCAACAACAUCAGCGUUCGUUUUUCGAUUAUUAAUGAUAAACAACAAUUGAUUGAUAGCAAACAAAGAACAUCCUGUACUAUCUAAUUAUAAAAAAUAACAACCACAACAUAAUAUA